UUGAAUCUUGAAGUCUAGAUGACUGAUUUGAAGAUUUCUCUAAUGGGUUCUUUAGGUGCACCUUACUCGUACAGUGUAAGGUUGAUACCUUAUAGGUGCUUUUUCCUUCUUUUUGUAAUGGCUCUCUCGUAAACACUGGUUCUCUUUCAAUAACUCUCCCUCCUCCUCGCAGUUGUGGCUCCUCUCUCUCUCUCUCUCUCUCUCUACUGAGUACGAACUCUGUUCAAAUAUCUGCUUUCCUUUCAAAGUCACAUUACCAUUUUCAGAACACAAAUACCACCUUCAAAUGCUUGUAGGACCCUUCAUUUAUGUAUCCAUGCUCUAUUUCUCAAGCUCUCUUCCUUAACACAGUACCCAUCCUCCUAAGAUGAUGAAGUUCCUUCUUGUUUCCGUGCUGUUCUCUCUCCUAAUCUCCAAUUCUCUCUCUACCUUCCAAGUCUAUGAUUCCCAUCCCAGCUCCAGAGAUGCACAAGCCUUGAUAUCACUAAAACAGGGUUUUCUCUCUCCAGACCCCAUAUUAAAUAGCUGGAAUGAAUCCAAUAUCCACUCCCUUUGUUAUUGGAAAGGAAUUCGAUGUGAUCAUUUCCAAAGAGUAGUAUCUGUCGACCUUUCGAAUUCGAAUAUAUUUGGUGUAAUCUCACCAUCUAUCGGUAACUUGGAACAUUUAGUGAAUUUAUCCCUCGCCGGAAAUGCUUUUUCAGGCAACUUCCCACUGGAGUCCGGCAACCUUACGAGCCUUCGCUCCCUUAACAUAUCAAACAACUCCUUCAAUGGAAGCUUGGACUUGGGUCUCUUCUCUCUCUUGCAUUUAGAGGUCUUAGAUGUCUAUAACAACAACCUAUCAGGUCCUCUGCCCCAAAGUGUUGCAAAGUUGAAGAAGCUGAAACACUUGGAUCUUGGGGGCAAUUAUUUCUCAGGUGCUAUACCUCCAUCCUAUGCUGGCUUGAAAGAGCUUGAGUUUCUCUCCCUAGCUGGCAAUGACUUGAGUGGUGUAAUACCAGGUGAGAUUGGGGAGCUCACAAAUUUGAAACAGCUCUUCUUGGGCUAUUUCAAUGACUUUGAUGGGGGUAUUCCAUUAGAGAUUGGGAACCUCACAAACUUGCUUCACCUUGAUCUCUCCAGCUGUGGUUUAGAGGGAGAAAUACCUAAACAAUUGGGAAAUCUAUGGAAUUUGGACACUCUCUUCCUACAAACUAAUCUCCUCUCGGGUCCUCUUCCACCCCAGUUAGGCAAUCUCACCAGACUGAAGUCUCUAGACAUUUCAAAUAAUGAGAUCACUGGUGAAAUACCCAUUGAGUUCUCUAACCUCACAGAGCUCGCUCUCAUCAAUCUCUUCAUAAACAAACUACAUGGAGAUAUACCCGAUUUCGUCUCCAAGCUGCCAAAUUUGGAGGUCCUCAAGCUAUGGCAAAACAAUUUAACAGGGGCUAUUCCUUCUGAGCUCGGUUCUAAUGGAAGGCUUAAAGAGCUUGAUCUCUCAAGUAAUAGGCUCACUGGUUUGAUCCCUCAGUCUCUGUGCUCAGGUAGAACGCUCAGGAUACUGAUACUUUUGAACAAUUUCUUAUUUGGUAUGAUCCCAGAGGAUCUUGGAAAUUGUCUUUCUCUCUCUCGAGUUCGGUUGUCACAAAAUUUCCUAAGUGGGUCAGUUCCAAAAGGCUUCUUGUACCUUCCUGAGCUUUCAUUAAUGGAGUUGCAAAACAAUUAUCUCACAGGAAAUUUCCCUGAUGAACACACAAGAGUUGCUGGAAAACUAGGCCAGUUAAACCUAUCAAACAAUCGUUUAUCUGGUCCCCUGCCUCUUUCUAUUGGGAAUUUCCCGAGCCUUCAGAUUUUGCUCUUAAGUGGUAACCAAUUUACAGGCUCAAUUUCCUCCGAGGUAGGUAGAUUACAGCUUGUUUUGAAGAUUGACUUAAGCAAAAACAAUUUCUCAGGAGAAAUCCCAGCUGAUAUCAGCAAGUGCUUGCAUCUCACUUACUUGGACUUGAGCACGAACAUGCUUAGUGGCCCAAUUCCGGCUCAGUUAAGUGAGAUUCACAUCCUAAAUUACCUCAAUCUCUCUCAUAACAUCCUUAAUGAUGCAAUCCCAAAAGAAAUUGGUACCAUGAAGAGCUUAACAGCGGCUGAUUUCUCAUAUAAUGAUUUAUCAGGCAAGGUGCCUGAAUCUGGCCAAUUUACUUAUUUCAAUUCCACUUCCUUCCAAGGAAAUCCACAGCUUUGCGGCCCAUUUGUCAACAGAACUUGUGUUUUUCCCGCAAACCCGACUGAAAUCUCUGUGAACAAACCUCGAAUUCAAGCCAAGUUCAAGCUGAUUUUUGCAUUGGGCCUUCUAAUUUGCUCCCUAAUCUUUGUAUGUGGGGCCUUAAUCAGGACCCGUACCCUAAGGUUCCAGACCCAUUCAAGGAAAUGGAAGCUCACAGCCUUCCAAAAGCUCGAUUUUGGGGUCGAAGACAUAUUGGAGUGCUUAAAAGAUAACAAUGUGAUAGGAAGAGGAGGGGCAGGGGUUGUUUAUAAGGGAACUACGAGAAAAGGAACGCAAAUUGCGGUGAAGAAAUUGUUGGGUUUCGACAAAGAUUCAUAUCAUGAUAAUGGAUUUUCGGCUGAGAUUCGAAUUUUGGGUCAAAUUAGGCAUCGGAAUAUCGUUAGGCUCCUCGCUUUUUGUUCAAACAAAGAGACCAAUUUACUGGUUUAUGAGUACAUGCCAGAGGGUAGCCUUGGAGAAGUUCUUCAUGGAAGCAAAGGUGGGUUUCUAGAUUGGCAGAAAAGGGUUAAGAUUGGGAUUGAAGCAGCAAGGGGACUGUGCUACUUGCACCAUGACUGCAACCCACUGGUUCUACAUAGAGAUGUGAAAUCAAAUAACAUAUUGCUUGAUUCAGAGCUUGAAGCCCAUGUUGCCGACUUUGGGCUGGCAAAGUUUUUGUUGGAUAAUGGGACCUCAGAGUGCAUGUCUGCCAUUGCUGGUUCUUAUGGGUAUAUUGCACCAGAGUAUGCAUACACUCUAAAGGUUGAUGAGAAGAGUGAUGUUUAUAGCUUUGGGGUGGUGUUGGUUGAGUUAAUCACUGGAAGAAGACCUGUUGGGGAGUUUGGGGAUGGAGUGGACAUUGUGCAAUGGGCCAAGAGCACAACAAGUGCAUGCAAGGAGGGCGUUUUCGAAAUUUUGGAUUCAAGGCUUAAAGAUAUCCCUAUUGAGGAGGCUAAGCAUGUAUUCUUUGUGGCCAUGCUAUGUGUUCAAGAGCAAAGUGUGGAGAGGCCCACCAUGAGAGAGGUGGUUCACAUGCUUCAACAAACCAAAAGCAACCAUAACUUGAUCUCUAAUAGUGAUAAAUAUCCAAAGAAGAACCCCUAAGGCCCCUCAUAAUGGGGUUUCUUCUUCUCUCUAUAAUUUUGAGAGCUUCUCUCUCUCUCUCAAUGUGGUUUCUUCUUGUUCUUCUCUCUAUAACUUUGAGAGUUUCUCUAAGUAGUUCUCUCUCUCUCUGUCUCUAUGGAUUUCUUCUUCUUUCUAUCUCUAUAAUUUUGAGAGUUUCUUCUUGUUCUUCUCUCUAUAAGUUUGAGAGUUUCUCUAAGUACUUCUCUCUCUCUCUCAAUGAGCUUCUUCUUCUUUCUCUCUCUAUAAUUUUGAGAGUUUCUCUAGGUAGUUUUCUCUCUCUCAUUCUCUCUCAUUUUGAGAGUUUCCCUAGGUGGUGGAACUAAGUUUUAGGUGGGAUUUGCAUUGAUUUAUCCAAAAGAGUUCAUUAGGUAUAAUUUGCAUGGAUUGUCCAAAAGAGCAUGCGGUUGUUAACAUGAAAGCUUGUUAUGUUUGGAAAAGUUUCGAGGAUUGUCCCAAAGAUGGGAAUAGUCAUCGAAGUUUGAGGUUUUGUAGUGGAUGGACACUGUAAAUUAGAAAAAGUCCUAUAUGUAUUCCAUCUUCCUUUCCUUC